UAACUUCACACACUCACCGUGAGAUGGACUAGUUUUCCUCCAGUUGGCAUGGAUUCUUCAUAUACAGAGUUCAGAGGGGCGGGGUGGCAAUAGACGAUACUUAAAAGUGCAAACAGUCGGUUUGUUUCAGUUUUGCAGCGAGUCGUGUUCAUCUACAGAGCUCAAAGCUUUUUAAACAUGACUUUGGAAAUUUACUUGGACCUGUUUUCGCAGCCCUGUCGCUCCGUGUACAUCUUUGCUAAGAAAAACAACAUCCAGUUCGACCACAAGAAGAUUUCUCUGUUUGAAGGUUAUCAAUAUGGUGAAGAAUUUGGGAAAAUCAACCCACUGAGAAAAUUCCCAACAAUCAAAGAUGGAGACUUUUGCCUGGCUGAAAGUGUCGCGAUUAUGAUCUACCUGGCUGACAAGUUCCACACUCCAGACCAUUGGUUCCCUGCGGACUUGCAGAAGCGAGCGAGAGUAAAUGAAUAUCUGUCAUGGCAGCACACUUCCAUACGGAUGCAUGGAGCCAAGAUUAUCUGGUUUAAGAUCUUGAUUCCAGAAGUGCUGGGAGCUGAGGUCCCUAAAGAAAAGAUGGAGAAUGCAGUAGAGAAUCUGAACUGGGCACUGCAGCUCUUUCAGGAUAAGUUUCUGCAAGACAAACCGUUCAUUGUUGGUGAUCAGAUCUCAUUGGCUGAUUUGGUUGCUAUUGUGGAAAUCAUGCAGCCAUUUGCUGCUGGUAUGGAUGUGUUUGAGAACAGACCCAAGCUCAAGGCAUGGAAAGACAGAGUCAGAGAAGCGAUCGGAGCUGAACUGUUCGAUGAGGCUCAUCAGGCAACCAUGUCCAUACGGGACAAUGCCAAAACCAUUGAUCCCAAAGGGUUAAGUCCAUUGAAAGACAAGAUUUUGAAGUUUUUCCUCUCAUAAACAGCAUCAGUUAACUGAAUAACAGUUAUUCAUGAAGGUUUAUGCUUUCUCAAUAAUUCUGUGAGAUUUCCUUUUUCUGUAAACACAAAUAAUGAAAUUAAUUAUAUAUACAGGCAUUGUCAUGCUUUGGCAGAUGAAUGCAAGAAUCAUUAAUGUUUCUGUGUGGAGCAAUAAAAAGAAGCAAACUGUGAAA